AUGGCUCUUAUAGUCGAUACAUUUGAGGUUCCUUCAGUGCUUAUAUCUCAAAAGCUUUUCCGGUCUGCUGAUGCCAGAGUUAUAGAAGAAGUGUCAUUAGGGACGAUAGAGGAGGUUUUGGCGGGGGAGGGGAUAUACAGCAUCCACAGGGAGUGCUUCUCAUGUGAAGAAAUUAGGUGGAUGAAGUACUACUUUAAUGAGGUCGUAGAAGUGUUUGCCAAUGUCCAGUAUGUCAAUAAGAGUAAGAAGAUUGUGAGGUACUACUCUAUAGUUCGGGAUUGCAAUGGGGCUGUUAUAGACCUGGCAGAGAUCAAAGAAAGCGAGGAUGAAGAGACGCAUGACAAGACGGCGUUUCUUCCCUAUAUCAAGGCGCAAGAGGAGGAGAUUGUUAUUUUUCCGGAUGAUGAGGAUUAA